AAGUCAUCUUGUGAAAGGCUGCCUGCUUCCAGCUUGGCUUGGAUGUGCAACCUUAAUAAAACUCACUGAGGUCUGGGAGAAAAUAGCAGAUCUGCUGCAGAUAGGGUAGGGGAAAGGGUCUAGAAUAUGUACACGCAGCUGAUUCAGGCAGGCUCCACGCUGGACGGUUACACAGAGAGGAAACAAUAAAUCUCAGCUACUAUGCAAUAAAUAUCUCAAGUUUUAACUAAGGAAACUACCAUUACAGUGAAAUAAAAAAAAAUAACGUUUUAGAGCAAAGCUAACAAAUGGCUAGUUUUCUGUGAUUCUUCUUCAAAAGCUUUCUUUGAGGGGGAAAAAGUCAAACAAACAAGCAGUUUUACCUAAAAUAAAAACUAGUUUAAAGGUCAGAAGAAAGGAGCAGGUUUUGCGAGAGGCACGGAAAGAGAGUGCUGGCAGUACAAUGACAGUUUUCCUUUCCUUUGCUUUCCUCGCUGCCAUUCUGAUUCACAUAGGGUGCAGCAACCAGCGCCGAGGUCCAGAAAACGGUGGGAGAAGAUAUAACCGGAUUCAGCAUGGGCAGUGUGCCUACACUUUCAUUCUUCCAGAACACGACGGGAACUGUCGUGAGAGUGCGACAGACCAGUACAACACAAACGCUCUGCAGAGAGAUGCUCCACACGUGGAACCAGAUUUCUCUUCCCAGAAACUUCAACAUCUGGAGCAUGUGAUGGAAAAUUAUACUCAGUGGCUACAAAAAAUUGAGAACUACAUUGUGGAAAAUAUGAAGUCGGAGAUGGCCCAGAUACAGCAGAAUGCAGUUCAGAACCACACGGCCACCAUGCUGGAGAUAGGAACCAGCCUCCUCUCUCAAACCGCAGAGCAGACCAGAAAGCUGACAGAUGUUGAGACCCAGGUACUAAAUCAAACUUCUCGACUUGAAAUACAACUGCUAGAGAAUUCAUUAUCAACAUACAAGCUAGAGAAGCAGCUUCUUCAACAGACAAAUGAAAUCUUAAAGAUUCAUGAGAAAAACAGUUUAUUAGAACAUAAAAUCUUAGAAAUGGAGGGAAAGCACAAGGAAGAGUUGGACACCUUAAAAGAAGAGAGAGAGAAUCUUCAAAUCUUGGUUACUCGUCAAACAUAUAUAAUCCAGGAGCUGGAGAAACAAUUGAACAGGGCCACCAACAAUAAUAGUGUCCUUCAGAAGCAGCAGUUGGAGCUGAUGGACACAGUACACAACCUUGUCAACCUUUGCACUAAAGAAGGUGUUUUACUAAAGGGAGGAAAAAAAGAGGAAGAGAAACCAUUUAGAGACUGUGCAGAUGUAUAUCAAGCUGGUUUUAAUAAAAGUGGAAUCUACACUAUUUAUAUUAAUAAUAUGCCAGAACCCAAAAAGGUAUUUUGCAAUAUGGAUCUUAAUGGAGGAGGUUGGACUGUAAUACAACAUCGUGAAGAUGGAAGUCUAGAUUUCCAAAGAGGUUGGAAAGAAUAUAAAAUGGGCUUUGGAAAUCCCUCUGGUGAAUAUUGGCUGGGGAACGAGUUUAUUUUUGCCAUAACCAGUCAGAGACAGUACACACUAAGAAUUGAGUUAAUGGACUGGGAAGGAAACCGAGCCUAUUCACAGUACGACAGAUUCCACAUAGGAAAUGAAAAGCAGAACUACAGGUUGUAUUUAAAGGGUCACACUGGGACCGCAGGAAAACAGAGCAGCCUGAUCUUACAUGGUGCUGAUUUCAGCACUAAAGAUGCAGAUAAUGACAACUGUAUGUGCAAAUGUGCCCUCAUGCUAACAGGAGGCUGGUGGUUUGAUGCUUGUGGCCCCUCCAAUCUAAAUGGAAUGUUCUACACGGCCGGACAAAACCAUGGAAAACUGAACGGUAUAAAGUGGCACUACUUCAAAGGGCCCAGUUACUCCUUACGUUCCACAACGAUGAUGAUUCGACCUUUGGACUUUUGAAGGCAUCAUGUCAAAAGCAGUGAUAAAAGCAACAGAGAAAUCUGAAGAAGCUACCAAAUAAGAAACUGCUCGAAAACUUCUGAAACAAAUGAUAGUGUCUCCCUUCCAGCCACAAGUGGCAGUUAUGUGAAGUCACCAAGGUUCUUGACUGGAUUUGGAGCCUUUUGAGUUCACCAGAGUCUCUCGAUGAGGUUAAUUGUGCUCACAUGGCUUGACUAUGGAGAAUGCCGCUCACUGUCAUGUUUUAAAAAGGGAAGAAACUGUUCAGUUCACUGUGCUUCAAACUACUACUGGAUCUUAUUUUAGAACUGUGGUAGCCAGGUGAUAAAAUGGUUUAUGUCAUGUAAAAACUGAGAAGAAGGAAGGAGGAGAAGAAAGGGAACAACACAAAAGGAAGAAUAUACAUGAAGAAUACAAACAGGGCUGCCAUAAUCCUUUGGAAAAGUCUCACACCAGUGCAAAGGUGUUAUUUCUAUGCAAACCUACUAAAAAUCAGUCUAUACUGUUGCGUAAUUUUGAUAGAAGUCUAAGAAGAAUAAGCAUUGCCCUCUAAUGGAUUCCAGAAGCCUAACUCUUGAAUCAUACUUACUCCUUGAUUUCAGUUAACCCAUCCUCAAAUGUAAAUUCCUUUUUGCUAAACCAUGAUGAAUUGUAGUACAUGGAGAAGAAAUAGUGUAAGGUAGAAACAUCCUCCGUUUACUCUUUGUUUUUUUUUAUGCAGUUUUCAGGAAAGUAAUGGGCAUAAUCAAGUGUGGACAUAUGAAAUAAGAAAUUAACCCCCUAUGUGACAGUUUUCACUUACUUUAAAAACUGACUGAUAUACAAAUAUAUUUAUAGCGUGAGUAAAGUUUAAAGAAUGUGAAAUAUACCAUCAUGCUCUUAAAACAAUAUACGUGCAUUUACUAUUUCCUUUGAUAUUAUACAUGAAAACAGUAUUUUUGAGUAUAUUAAGUUGGAGUAAAACCAAGGAAGCUGGAACAAUUCAUUUUACAAAUCAUCUUGUGUGUGUACACUUAAGUGUAACUUCUUUACUUUUAAAAUAAUGAUUUCAGUUCUUCAUUGUUAUUUCAUGCUAAUUUAAUUUUUGCCAAUUAACUGAAACAUGCUUUCCAGAUUCACCCUGUUCCAGUUUCUAUGAGAGAUACACUUUGAAGUCUAUGAAAAAUAAAGGAAGAAUUAUAAAUAUCACUGUAUAUAGCGUGUUUAGUUCCAUGGUAAACCUAAUAGCUAUUUGAUCUGGAGUGCAAAUAGUCCUUCAUUGAUGCAAAUAAACCUAAGUUUUCAGAGAAAUCUACUAAACUAUUUUAUGAAAUACAUUAUUUCUUCACAUUUUUCUCUCUCAAGCUCUGUUUUCAAAGGAAAUAUCUGAUUUUUAAAAAGCCAUUUAGUGGAGAAAAUUUUCAAAACUCUGUAUUAAAUAAACAUGAGGAAAAUACACAAAAAGAGAAAAUUAGUCAGUCACCUAAAAAGUUCUGACUGUUAGCUACUAUAACUAUCUUAAUGAAAAUAUUCCUAUGGGAUGAUCUAUUUUAAGUGAAUUUGGGGGUACAGGUUUUGUGGCAAAUAGAAGGUCCUACAGUGUUUUCUCAAAAAGUGCUUUCUCUCUCUAAGUGUAGAAGGUUACUGUAAUGAAGUAUUAUUAUCAAAAUGUGAGUUACUAUAUGAAAGUGGAAAUAUACAUUAGGUGUCCUUUCUUAGAAAAAUAAAUUUUUUCAAAGCAAUGACACAUAUUUCCUCCAUUUGAGAGAAUAAAGCUAUUCCAUUUUUAAGAAAAUAUUGUUAAAAUUUACCACCACAUCUUUGUGUUUAUGGAUUUGUAUACAACCCCAUUUUGCCUUACAAGUGAUAUUUGGUGAUAUUACGGUCUUUCCAUUCUUGGUGACUCCUUCAUAGCACUGUUUAGCCUCUCCCUCUAAAAACCUUCUCAAUUGUUUUUUUUUAAGUGAAUGAAAGUGAGUGAGUGUUCUUUUGUGUUCCUACAGAUUUUUGUUACCAGUCUUUUAAUAAGAAAUACUACUUCCCAACUCUUAUUACAAAAAUAAAAUGAAAUAAUGAAGAAAAAAAAAGAAAGCAUGAUAUUUACUAUUUUGUUAUCUGGGUUUGAAAAAUGAAAUAUUAUUUCCAAUUAUUUAUAAUAAAGCAGUAUAAAAUGUUUUAUGACUUCAUUAUGUGCAUUGUGUAAUGCCUGCAUGUGUGUGACUGUUUAAAAUGUGUAUCUUUUACAUUUAAUUCUUUCAGGAUAAGAUAAUUAGGUAUUAGGAUUUCAACUUUA